CAGGCCAAAGCAGCUCCCAGCUUUGGUCCGGCCAGAGGUGAAGCCCCUGUCCGAGAAGGGCCUCAAAGAGCAGCUGCGAGAGGCCUCACGGAAGCUGCGAAAGAGACCCUGGCAGCCACGCGACUCGCGGCCCAGAUUGGAGGCGGCCAACGUGAAGAUUACCAGUCCCAGGGAGUUCAAUCCGGUGCUUGUGCUCAAUGAGCCCUUUCCACAUCCCUGGGACAGAGGAAGGGUGGACGCACCGCGGCGGCGAUAUCCCUUAUGGGGCCUGGGCAGGUAUGCACAUGCAGAGUUGCAGGAGAAGCCGCCGUGGAAGGACCCCAGGCCACCCCAAGCCUUGGGUUGGCCAGAGCGGAUGAGGCGGAAGCGGUGAGAGAUGGCUCAGACCCGAUGGACCCGGUGGACGCAGAUUGAAAGCCAACGGUCCCAACGUUGGACCUGUCAUAGAACUGCUUGUCAUAGACCUGUCAUGCGAGAUCUAGUA